AUGGACAGUUCGGGGGCCGCGGAAGCCUGGCUCCCCAAACAUAAAAUCUCGAAGGUGCAUGUAGUCACAGUUUGCACGAGAGCGGAAGGGUGCACGACGGCUUUGCUAUAUUCCGAUGCGAUUCUCAACACAAACCUGAGAUUGCUUGGCUGGGGCGAAUCUUACGGAGGGGCAGGGUGGCGUUUGAAAAAAGUAGUCGACUACUGCAAAGAAGUCGAGCCGGACGACGUGGUUGUCGUUGUGGAUGGAUUCAAUUCAGUAGUACUGCAGCCGCGCGAGGUCAUCUUGGAAAAAUUUCUCGAGUUCGGUGCGUGA